AUGUCGGCCCUCGCCAGUGCUAUUGCCGCCAUCGACAGCUUGCACAAGAUUCCCCCACUGGCAGCCGAUGAUGAGUGGCGGUCAAUAGGUGCUUCGCUGCCGGGUCAUCUCACGUUGGUACGGAUCACAGAGGACAUACUGGGCUUGAAACAGACGGAUGUGCGGACAGGCCUCGUGGCGGCUCUCGCCUUUCUGAAGCACGCGCACAGCACGCCGCAGAAGCCAGAGCACACCGCCUCAGCACAGCAGCUUUGCGAAUACAUUGGCCGCACGGUCUCACCAUGUCCAGGUGCUGGGACUGGACAAGUCUCAGACGACCACUGCCCGGAGUACGAGCAAGUUGCCCACCGAAGCCGUGACCUAGCACCCUAUGGACUCAGUAUUCUACGCAUCUUGCACAGUGACUACUCCAUUACCUUCAGCGUGGAUACGCUUCUCACUGUCAUCUCGUUCACGGCGCCCGGUGUGACAGACCCGUGGACGGCGCAGGAGACGUGCGAGGUCGCACGAGAUCUCUUGUCCCAACAGCUUCUGCACAAAUGGAACCAGCCUGAUCUGGUCCAAACCAUAUUGAAGGAAUACCUUCGCCCUGCCUUCUCCAAGUCACGGCCAAAGGCUGUCACGGCUUCAGGGAGGAAAGCAGAGUUCUCCCAAGAGGAAGACCCCCACCGCGGUCUAGCAGAUGACACGAGAGAGGUGAAGCCCUGGAAAUACGAGGACCACAGAGCACUCGCAGUAUUUCACUGGGUGGUUUUGACUGCAGAAUUGGACAUCUUGAGCAAACAGUGGCCCCUUUUCAUUCCCGUCCUCCUAGCCCUCCUAGAUGAUGGAACAACAAGAAUUCGAAGGCGCGGUCUUCUCAUCUUGAACGUUUUCCUGGAGAAGUUUCCGUCAAACAUACUGCGCGAUACAGGUCUGGCCAGUGUUUUUGGAGACGCAGUGUUCCCUACGCUGCACUUUCUGCCGAGUAUCACCCCAGAGGAGGAUUCCGUUCUCUUACUGGAAGCGGCAUACACAGCCCUGUUGAGCCUGGCGAGGAAGACGGAGUCCAAGACCGGAAAGGUGGAACCACACAGUGCUUCUCCGAAGGGCAAACUGCUUGACAAGCUACUGCGCGACGGCGUGUUUUCGGCAUACUUCCACGUCAAGGAACAUGUUAGAAUUGUGGAAGUUCUGUUGAUACAGACGGCCAAGAUACUGCAUGAGAUGCAGAUCUACUCCGUAAAGCACCUCAAGGACCUUGUUCCAAUGCACAGCGAGGUGCUGUCAAAUCCCUUCGCCUACCUCGCCCCCGCCACCUUGUCUGCAGCGAUUCAGGGCCUGCAGGCUGUCAUCGCCAACUGCUGGCCGCGACUAUCCACCCCGGCCUACCAGGACGAGCUCAUCAAGGCGCUUGUCAUCUGCUACAUGACGGUGCACGACGAGCGGGAUCAAUUGGGCGAGCGCUUCGCACAACUAGAUGCCGAGCUCAUCAAGACUGCUUCUAUGCUUACGAUCGCUGCAAAGGGCACCGGAGAUGGGGUCGUAGAGGACCUGGCGGACAAGGCGGCGCUAUUGGUUUCGAAAGAGCCGCUGGUUGCUCGACUUUUUAAAUGA